GUUAGACAGGAGUGGGACAUUGCAUUGUUGUGAAUCAAUGAUUGAUUUUAUCAUUUGAGGCAUAAUAAAUGUAUGGGAAAUGAUAAAUUUCUAAGUGAACGGACGUUGCAAAGAUGUGUAACCUCGUUCUUUUAUUAUUUACGAUAUUAUCAACACUAUUCUUUAUAGGAAGCUGUUCUAUAUAUCACAACCUUAAGUAUUUUGAAACAAUACAUGCCUCGAAAUUGGCACAUCAUGUGGUGAAACGCGGUGCAAAGUUAUCGAGCCACCCGUUCAAUACUAUCAAAGAGGUUCAUUUCAAAACACUUGGAAAGGAUUUCAGAUUAAUUCUUCAUCCUCACAGUUCCGUUCUACAUUCAAAUUUUAAAGCAUACACUGUAGAUGGUGACGGCAAAGAAACAACUGUUCAUGUUGACAGAGAAAACUUCUACACAGGCAGGGUAUUUGGUGAAAAAUCCUCAGAUGUGAAACUACACAUGGAAGAUGGUUUGAUUACUGGAAUUAUUCACACUCCUGAUGAAACAUACCAUAUUGAGCCCUCAUGGCGCCAUCUACCACACUUAGAUGAUAAAACCAUGAUCACAUAUAGGUCCUCAGACAUACAUUUUAGUUGGAAAGGUGCUGAUGAAGCUAAGGGUUCCAAGCCUAGAGUCUGUGGCUAUGUCAAAGAGGGGAAAGAAUUGGAAGAAGAUGAUGAUGAAGACAUAGAAAUUGUGGCCGAUGUCGAAUCUGAACAUGAACAAUCAGAAAAGGACAAGUAUUUGGAGGAAAAUGCCCAUUACCCUAACAGCACAGACCCUUCACAAAGUAUGAAGAAACGCGUCAAGCGACAGAGCGACUAUGAAUACACGCCAACUAAAACUAGGUGCCCAUUGCUUUUGGUUGCAGAUUACAGAUUCUUUCAAGAAAUGGGUGCUAGUAAUACUAAGACCACUAUUAGUUAUUUGAUAAGCCUUAUAGAUCGCGUACACAAGAUAUACAAUGACACGCUCUGGCAAGAUCGGCAGGAUAUGGACGGCUUUAAAGGCAUGGGUUUUGUGAUAAAGAAGAUACUGGUUCAUUCUGAACCAACUCGAGUGCGCGGCGGAGAAGCUCAUUACAACAUGGUGCGAGAGAAAUGGGAUGUUCGCAAUCUACUUGAGGUAUUUAGCCGCGAAUAUUCCCAUAAAGACUUCUGUCUAGCUCAUCUUUUCACUGACCUUAAGUUCGAGGGUGGUAUCCUCGGAUUAGCAUACGUGGGGUCCCCACGUCGGAACUCAGUUGGCGGUAUUUGUACACCAGAAUAUUUCAAGAACGGCUACACGUUGUACUUGAACUCUGGCUUGAGUUCGUCUCGGAAUCACUAUGGGCAGCGUGUGAUAACUCGCGAGGCAGACCUGGUCACUGCGCAUGAGUUCGGACACAAUUGGGGUUCGGAACAUGACCCCGACGUGGCUGAGUGUUCCCCCGCCGCAAGCCAAGGGGGCUCGUAUCUUAUGUACACUUAUAGUGUCAGUGGAUACGAUGUUAAUAAUAAGCGUUUUUCGCCAUGCAGCCUCCGUUCCAUUCGGAAAGUUCUUCAAGCGAAAUCUGGUCGUUGCUUCUCCGAACCUGAGGAGAGCUUCUGUGGUAACUUGCGCGUUGAGGGUGGAGAGGAGUGUGACGCUGGUUUACUUGGCACCGAAGACAACGACAUGUGCUGCGACAAAAACUGUAAACUUAGGAAAAACCAGGGAGCAGUGUGCAGUGACAAAAAUUCUCCGUGUUGUGCGGGUUGUGUGUUCGCUCCGCCUGGCGUGGUGUGUCGUGAGGCAGCACAUUCUGCCUGUGAAGGGGAAGCUACGUGUAAUGGCGCCUCUGCGGAUUGUCCUAAGGCCCCAGCUAUAGCAGACGAACAUGAAUGCGCAGAGCGCGGCCGGUGUCGCAACGGAACGUGCGUGCCGUACUGCGAGACACAGGGCAUGCACAGCUGUAUGUGCGAUAUUGUUGCGGAUGCAUGCAAGCGUUGUUGCCGUAAAAGCUUGAACAAGACGUGCUUCCCUGUGGCACAUAACGAUAUCUUACCGGACGGUACGCCGUGCAUUCAAGGAUUUUGUAAUAAGGGUGUAUGUGAAAAAACAAUACAAGAUGUGGUGGAACGUUUCUGGGAUAUAAUUGAAGAUAUAAACAUUAAUAAUGUGUUGGGCUUCCUGCGCGACAAUAUUGUCGGAGUUGUGGUUCUAGUCACCGCCUUCAUUUGGAUACCUGCUAGUUGUGUCAUAAGUUACGUGGACCGGCGUCGUCAGCGUCAGCAUCAGAAGUUCUUGGACUGGGAGCGACAGCAUGACCUCAUCCACCCGUCAUCUCCACGGAAAAUUAUCCACACUAGAUUGCCGAAACAAAAGCCUCCCGGCAUGAAAGCAGCAAUACAAGGCACAAGUCAGCUAUAAACCUAUAUUUAGAAUAAUAUGUAAUGUAGUUGUACCUUUUCCAACUAAUAAAUAGAUGUAAGAAAUAAAAACAAAUGUCUUUUAUUAUUAUUUUGUUUAUUGUUGCUAAUAAUGGAUAAAAGUGCACAACAUUAAACGAUUAUUUAAGAUAAAUAAUUAAUAAAUAUAAAGCGCUAAGCUAAUGUAUUGAUUACAUAAUGAAGUUUUUAACUGGGAACGUUAAAUAACUUAAAAUAAGUAUUGUUUCUUGUAAAACUGAUUAGUUAAGUGCAGUUGAGGUGAGUAGGGCUACGCCUCUCUCGUAGAAUGCGUGGGGCUCCUGUCCCGGCGCGAUGGGGAGACGCACGGUGAACAGUAACUCGGAUCGAGCGCUGUUCAGGUACACUGGGAGAGUCAGGGAUUGGCCUCCUGUUGAUGUUUCAGGACCACUGUGAAGGAAAAGUUAGGGUUAGGUUAAUUAAAU